ACUAAUCGACCGCUGUCAGCUGUAGAGGAUAACCAAAGAAAAUGGCCACUGUUCUGAUUGCCAUAGAUGAGAGCCAGUUUGCAGAAAAUGCCUUCAAAUGGUAUGCUGCAAACUUUCACAAACCUGAAAACAAGGUGAUUUUGUUGCACGUCAUAGAGAACCUCGGUAUCACGGACAUGAGUCCAGCCCGGUACAUGGAGUUACAGAGGGAGGCCAAACAAAAAGCCGAGGCCCUGAAGGAGAAAUACGCCGCCAUGUCUCGGGAACUUGGGUUUGAAGCGGAUAUCCAUAUUAAAACAUCAGACAAACCGGAACAUGCCAUUGUGGACACUGCUGAAAAAGAGAAGGUUACAUACAUUGUUUCCGGAAGUCGUGGAAUGGGCUUAAUCAGACGGACGAUACUGGGCAGCACCAGUGACUUCAUCCUUCAUCACGCCCACUGCCCAGUCCUAAUCUGCAAGAACCAGUAAAUUAGAAUCCUUUGUAAUCAUCUGCAUUGUAAGCUUAUACAUGUGUAUAUUCUCUCAGAUUGGAAUAUAGGAGAAUAAAUCGGAAAUCAGUUAUCUUGUUUGUCCAGUAAGUUUUAGCGUUCCGAAUGCUUGAAAAGUUAUGUGUUAUCUUUUAAAAUAGGAUAAACAUUCCUGUACGUACACAGUUUCUAUUAUUGCAUUAAAAUGCAUGAAAAAGAUAACACUUACCUUUGUUUUAUAUUUAUGUAUUCAGUAAUUUACGAAACACAAAAGAUUUCAAAUUAUAUGCUUGUUUCCUUUAAAUUUGUUCCAAAAUUCAGAUCUUCUAGGAACUUGGAGGACUAUACGGGCAAGCUGGUGACUUAGAUAAUUGUGUUGUGAAUUAUAUAUGUAUUUAUAUAUAUGAAUUUGUUAAAAACAAAUGAUUGUUUAGACAUUGUUUUGAAACAUUUUCUUUGCAUAAUUAACUCAAGAAUGGUCAAAUCCUUAUAUUUUACCAAAGAUUAUAUAUUAUAAAUAUAUACAUGUAAACAUUGUAUCCAGGAUCAAUGAAUUGCUUCUUUGUAAUGUGUAAAUAUACUUAAUCAGUGAUUUCUUGUUAAUGAUACAGAAAUAGAAAAAUUUCUCAGCUUUGGUAUUCCAAUGGUUACAGAGUUUUUUUAUUAUUUUAUUUGUCAGGUUUUAUGCUAUGGAAUAAAUUCUAUAAAAUUCUCAUUUUCACUCAGGAAAAAUAGUGUUUUCAUCUGCUUUUUUUAGAUUGGCCAUGCAUCGUGAAUUGUAUGUAAACCUGGACUUGUAUUGAUAUUUAAAAUAUUUGUGGAUACAUAAAUUGCAUUUAAAUGACGGGGAAAGGCCGCAAACAAUAUUUUCUGUAUUUUUAAGUGAGGUAGUUUAUUUUUGGAAAAUAUUUUCCAUCAAAUGUUGCUACUCAAUCCCAAUGAUUUUAUUUUAGUUCAAGAUUGUAUUAUUUUACUCUCUCAAUAAAUGUGUAUAAAAUUA